CGCGUCCCUAUUCUGGGUUGAGGUGGCCGGCGCCUGUCUGGGGGCGGGCCGCGAGGCGCUAUGGCCGAGGGCAGCGGGGAAGUAGUCGUAGUGCCCGCGACCGGGUCUGCCAACGGCCUCAAUAAUGGGGCCGGCGGGACCUCGGCGCAGACCAGCAACCCGCUGUCGCGGAAACUGCGUAAGAUCCUGGACACCCGGCUGGACAACGACAAGGAGAUGUUGGAAGCUCUUAAGGCACUGUCAACCUUUUUUGUUGAAAAUAGUUUGCGGACUCGAAGAAAUUUACGUGGAGAUAUCGAACGCAGGAGUUUAGCCAUCAAUGAAGAGUUUGUAAGCAUUUUCAAGGAAGUGAAAGAAGAACUUGAAAGCAUACAUGAAGAUGUUCAAGCAAUGAGCAGCUGUUGUCAAGAUAUGACAAGUCGCCUACAGGCAGCAAAGGAACAGACUCAGGAUUUAAUAGUAAAAACCACUAAGCUUCAAGCUGAAAGUCAAAGAUUAGAAAUAAGAGCACAAGUGGCAGAUGCCUUCUUAUCCAAGUUCCAGCUGACUUCUGACGAAAUGAGUCUUCUCCGAGGCACAAGAGAAGGACCCAUCACUGAGGAUUUUUUCAAGGCACUGGGAAGAGUAAAACAGAUUCAUAAUGAUGUUAAAGUUCUCUUGCGUACAAACCAACAAACAGCAGGUUUGGAAAUUAUGGAGCAAAUGGCCUUGCUUCAGGAAACAUCUUAUGAAAGACUUUACCGGUGGGCUCAAAGUGAAUGCAGAACACUGACACAAGAAUCAUGUGACAUAUCUCCAGUACUAACUCAGGCAAUGGAAGCCCUGCAGGACAGACCUGUCUUAUAUAAGUAUACCUUAGAUGAGUUUGGAACAGCCAGAAGAAGUACAGUGGUUCGUGGAUUCAUUGAUGCUCUUACAAGAGGGGGCCCAGGAGGUACCCCUAGACCCAUUGAAAUGCACUCCCAUGACCCUUUGAGAUACGUAGGAGAUAUGUUGGCUUGGCUCCAUCAAGCUACUGCUUCUGAAAAAGAACACCUUGAAGCUCUUUUGAAGCAUGUAACUACACAAGGUGUUGAAGAAAAUAUUCAAGAAGUUGUUGGCCAUAUCACUGAGGGUGUGUGCAGGCCUCUAAAGGUUCGAAUUGAACAAGUAAUAGUUGCUGAACCUGGGGCAGUUUUAUUAUAUAAAAUUUCUAACCUCCUCAAAUUUUACCACCACACAAUCAGUGGCAUUAUUGGAAAUAGUGCAACUACAUUGUUGACUACCAUUGAAGAAAUGCAUGUGCUGAGCAAAAAAAUAUUCUUCAACAGCUUAAGUCUUCAUGCCAGUAAGUUAAUGGACAAGGUUGAACUCCCACCACCUGAUCUUGGACCAAGCUCUGCCUUAAAUCAGACGCUCGUGUUGCUGCGUGAAGUUCUGGCAUCUCAUGAUUCUUCAGUCGUGCCAUUAGAUGCCCGUCAAGCUGACUUUGUGCAGGUUUUAUCAUGUGUCUUGGAUCCUCUCCUCCAGAUGUGUACUGUAUCAGCCAGCCAUUUGGGCACAGCUGACAUGGCCACUUUCAUGGUCAAUUCACUAUAUAUGAUGAAGACGACAUUAGCUCUCUUUGAAUUCACUGACAGACGUCUGGAAAUGCUGCAGUUCCAGAUUGAAGCACAUUUGGACACACUUAUAAACGAGCAAGCUUCUUACGUUUUAACCAGAGCAGGCUUGAGUUAUAUCUAUAACACGGUACAGCAACAUAAAGCUGAACAGGGCCCUUUAGCCAAUUUGCCCAACCUAGAUUCUGUGGCGCUGAAGGCUGCAGUGGUUCAGUUUGACCGCUAUCUGUCAGCUCCUGACAACCUGUUAAUGCCACAACUGAACUUUCUUCUAAGUGCCACAGUGAAAGAGCAGAUCAUAAAACAGUCUACAGAGUUAGUCUGCAGAGCCUACGGGGAAGUGUAUGCAGCUGUGAUGAAUCCGGGCAAUGAGUACAAAGAUCCCGGGAGCAUUCUACACCGAUCGCCACAGCAAGUGCAGACGCUUCUCUCCUGAUCAUCGUCUUUGAGUGUGGUGGAAUACUGCACUCCUAAAACCCUGAAGCUUUUCUUGGCUUUUAGUCUGUUGAUCUUUACUUUGAAAUCUGAUGGUUACAGUUUUCUUUGUAUCAUAAGAAUGUGAAUCCCAGUAAUUUCUUUGGCCACAGUAAUGUGCAAGUAAGUAACAUGUUGACCUGGGUUGUUAGCAGUUGCUCUGUAUCUGCUCUCCACACAGAAGGACUCUGUUCUUUGCUAACCCUAUCUCUAGCUCUGCCAUUUCCCCUCAAUUCUGGAAUACAAAUAUGUGGAAAAAGAGUAGAAUGAGGUUUCAGGGAUUUUUUUUUUAAACAAGAUUAGUUCUAAGUUUAACUGUACAUUAAAAAUUAUCUAAACUUAAGAAUAGUUUGAAGAUAAGACCUAAUAUUAAUAAACAUCUCUUUACUUAAAGAUUCAUUUGCUUCCUUAUUAGAUAUUGUAAGUAGGUAUGCUUAAGUGGAGGAGCAGAAAUACACAUUGAGCAAAAACAGAGAGCAGUCAUUUAAAGGUGGCUUCCACUCUGUGUCUGCCCUGGACUGAGUUCAAGGUGAAGUUCAGCACUUUGGCUAGGGUGUAGGUGUGAGGUGUGUAGACAGACAUCCUGUGCUGCAUGUCAGCCUAGUGUUUAAAGGAAGGUGUUUGUUGUACUUGUGGACUCUAAAUUCACCUGUCUGCUCAUUUUGUCUGGUGUUUAAACCAAUGAAAAAGUGAUGUAUUCUAUCUCUGGAGGGAAGAUGCCAAAGUGGCAACUUCUAAUUGAUGGUAUGUCUAUCCUUAUGAUGGCCCCUUGCAAAGAAUUGUUUGGGCUCUGACUUUGAAACUUGACCAAAAAUGAGAUUCAAAAUAAGUUUUUUUUUUUUUUCUUUUUUAAGCAAAUCUAAAUGUGUUUGUUUGUUGGUAAGAUGUUGAGGACAAUUCUUAUUAGCAAAAUCUUAAUUUCUGGUAGAUCUAUAAAAAGAGGUGUGUCCCCAAAUUACAAAUGAGAAAAUGAGGUAUAAGGAAAACCUUGGUGAGGUUAAAAUAUUUUGAAAAGUAGUAAGAUAAUAUUUAUUUGGCAAAUACAGAAUAUAUAACAAAUUAGUAUUGUCAGAACGGGGCCUGUUCUAUCUGAAAUUUACAAUUGUAUUAAUAUGAUUUUUUUGGAGCAAGAGUAAUUGGUUACAUAUCAUCUCUUUUGGUGUUUAAUCUGUAUUUUAAUCUUUUCCCUUCAAUAAAUGUGAUAUAUUAAAGAAAAUAAAGUAUGAUGUAAGGGAAGAGCUUAAAUUUUAUAUAAUUUGUAUCUUUUGUGAGAAAAGAUUGCUUGCUUACCAUUAGUGAAUUCCUUUGUUUUCUAGGGGAAGUAAAAGUAUAUUUAUCUUUUUACCUAAUUUUUUCAAAUAAAAUACUAAACUGUUUUUAGAACAGC